CCUACAUCACUUCCGUUCAUCUGCUGAUCGGGUCAGAAAGACAGUGACAAUGGCGGCGGUCGGAAGAAUUUCUCAAGCGCUCCUGCGGUCCUCAUUGAUCCAGAGUCGUCAACUCUCUGCCACAGCGGCCCAUGGUCAUGGAGAGCAAACAGGUAAUGCCACACAAGCAUUGCUCAAACGACACGAUUUACUAAUGAUAAGACCAUACACAUAUUAUUGGAGGACGUGGUAGUUUAGUGACCUUGCUAGCUAACGCGUAGCUAGUUAGCGCGAGGCAGCAUAACAGUUCCUGUUUUCGAUAACGUUAGCUAACUAGCUAGGUUAGAGGAAUUUGGGAAUCAACCACAUACCUAGCUACACACACAGGAAUCGUUGGCAAUUGCUAAAUCCCCAUCCUAUAUUAGCCAGAUGGCUGGAUUAACACAAUGUUAGACUAGUUAGCUAGCUAGGGCUCAUUUGCAGAAGAGACCUUGUCCUUGGUCUCAACAUGACUCCCUGUUGAAAUAAAGGUUAAAUAAAAAAGUUGACUAUCGUAACUAACCAGUUAGUUAUCUAGAAGAGCUAGUUAUAGUGUAUGCAGUUUUCAAACCUACCAAACAUCUAUCUAGGUUAUUUGGUGUGUUUGAAUGGCCCAUCUCAGAUUUAGCUAGCUAACGUUAACUCAGUAUGUGCAGGCAAUGAAGAAACCAAUUUAUUAAAAUCAGUUUCACAAUUGUGGUUAACAAUGUCAAUGUCAUGGUGUCAGUUAGCAAGCUAAUAUAGCCUUAGUGAAUUAAAGGAGAGUACACUAAUUUCAACCACAAUUUAGGCCUAGUUCAGGGGUAGGAAACCUUGUUCCUGGAGUGCUGCAGGGCUUUGUCAACCUAGCAUGACACCUUAUUCAACCAAUAACUUAUUUACCAACAGUAAUUUGCUCAAUUCUACACAUCUGGUCUCCCAGGUCAGCAAAAUGUUUAAUCUGGCACUCCAGGACCAGGGUUACCUACCCUGUGUGCAGUAGUUCAAAUGUGGUUAAAUACUCAAUACUGAACCUCGGUAAACUGUACUUCAGCAGGCACAAAACUUCAAAUGCCUCACGCAGUGAUCAUGGUUUAUAUUUGUAAAAAUACAUGAUUGGAUUAGCCAAUUUAUUAAAAUCAGACAUGAACAAAGUCAGAGGAGGCUCUUUGGAAAUGGCAACUCAACAGUACAUGACCUGCACCUGUUGCACUUUGGUGGUUGCCUUUGACAUUGACAAGUGCAGAGAUUGAGAUACUUGGGAUUUCAAUGGUUUGUACACUUGUGCACACAUUCAAAGGAAAGUUACGGAUUUAGCAUUCCAGUGACAUCAAAGUAGCUAUGUUAGUUUUCAACAUGUCUCACAUCACAAUGUGUCCAAACAGAAAAUAAAGGUCAAAUGUAUUAACUAUAACUGGCUUAAGUGUAAAUAAAGCCAUUGUUACUCAUCAAACAACAAUGUAUUUUUUGGUUUUCUUUGUUUCUUCUCCAGCUAGAACAUGGAAGAUCCUCUCCUUUGUGGUUGCCCUUCCGGGAGUUGCAGUGUGCAUGUUGAACAUGUACCUGAAGAUGCAGCACCAUGCUGCACACCAUGUGGAGCCAGAGUUUGUCCCUUACAGCCAUCUUCGCAUUCGCAGCAAGGUCUGAUUUUUUUUUUUUUUUUAUUUAAGUAUCCUAGAUACUAAAUACAGUUAUUGUUUCAAAACAUUUAUUUGAUUAUACUUUUUGGGAUUGUCUAAUUUUGCCUAGAGUAGUUAGACAGUUUAAUGUGCCCCCUGUUAAUUUAGUUUGCCAUUAUGUUAACUUGAUUCUUCUCUCACCAGCGUUUCCCUUGGGGGGAUGGCAACAAGAGCCUGUUCCACAACCCUGAAGUGAAUGCCCUCCCUGAUGGCUAUGAGGGACGCGAAGAGUGAUCUCUCCCUCAGACCACCUCACACACUGGGACCAGUCUCUUCCCUCAAUUCAUUACUCUGUUACUGGACCACACUCCCCAAACAGUUUACUCUUCUCUAUUAUAUUAUGUUUACCUCUGUGCAUCUGUCACAAGGGACCCAAAAUGUUAGUUACAUUUUUCUGGACCAUUUAACACGAUGUCUGCGUAAACUUAACUAAAAUAAAUAAUUAUUACCGAAAUACA